AUGGAUCUAAAUUUGUGUGUCUGCACCACAUACAUGAAUGGUCACACAAUGCUUGUCGUUUCCAACUCCAAUAGUGUAAACGAUGGUUCUCAUUUCUCAAGUGCGAUUUUCAUAUUUGCCUUUCGAACUCUCGGUGAUGUAAGUAAUGGGAUUAGAAAUUUGGAUAACGGGAUUAGCUAA